UAGAAAAUACAAAUCGGGGGUGGGGGCGUGUACAGUGCGGCCAGUCGACAGCGGUACCAACAACAACAACAACAACCACCGCGGCGAUUAGCAACAACAACAGCAGCGACAACAGCGGCUCGCGAACGAACUCAUUCCUUCGUCUGGUCUGCGCGCUGAGUAAAUUAAUGAUUGCCAAUUUGCUGGGGGCUCUGGCAGUGAGACGCGUCCCCUGGCUCCGCGCGACACCCGGCCCGGGCCCGCGACGCCUCCUGCUGCUGCUGCUGCUGCCCCCGCAGCUUCACCGCAGCGCCGGCUACAGCAGCAGAAGCUACAGCAGCUGCAGCAGCUACAGCAGCAGAAGCAGUAACGACGAGGAGAGCUGCAAUAGCGGCAGUAAAGGGAGCUACAGCAACAGCAGCAGCAGCUACAGCAGUCGCAGUAACGCGACCGAUAACAGCGGAAGCUUCAACAGCAGCAGCAGCAGCAGCAGCAGCAAUAACAACAGCAGUAAUAGCGAUAGCAGCAGUGGUAGUCGAUACGACAACGUUAGCUGCGACAUUAACAGCUGCAGCAGCAGGAGCAGCUUCGGUGACGACGGCGGCACUGACAUCAACAGCAGCAACAGUUGCAGCAGCAGCAGCGGGAGUGGCAGUGACGGCAGAAGCAGCAGCAGUUGCAGCAUCAGUAGCAAGAGCAUCAGUAGCAGCAGCAGCAGUAACAUCAUCAUCAGCAGUAACAUCAGCAGCAGGCGAAGCGGCGUCUCGUUGUCACGACGAGGCGGUCCUGCAGAAUCUCCCUCCGUCCCCGUCUGCCGCCGUCAGCUGUUGAGUAGCAUGGCCGCGAACCAAAGUAAGAUCGACUGGAAUUCGUGGGAGAAAGCCAAGGACCAGCUGACAAAGCUGAAGGACUUGGAGGAGAGGCGGAAGUACUACAAGUGCAGUAGCAACUACAUCAUGCUCAAGUCUCUGGACAAGUGGUCGGAAAAGGAGCUCCACUCCCAAGACAAACUUACAGAGCUGGAAAAGCCAGAAACGUGUGCUUCAACUGUAGGUGGAAGGGAGUACGAGGUGAACCAUCAGAUCAACGACAAGGUCUCGCUCUUCAAGGGCGACAUCACCCUGCUGGAAAUCGACGCCAUCGUGAAUGCGGCUAACUCGACUCUGCUUGGCGGUGGAGGAGUGGACGGAUGCAUCCACAGGUCGGCGGGGUCCCUGCUGAAGGAAGAGUGUCGCUCCCUCGGAGGAUGCAGCACCGGCAAGGCCAAAAUCACCUGCGGAUACCGCUUGCCUUCCAAGUACGUGAUCCACACGGUGGGGCCGCGCGUGUUGGACAGCGUGCCCACGCCCGAGGAGCGCAAGCAGCUGGAUGGCUGCUACAGCGAGUGCCUGCACAUCGUGGAGGACAAGGAGCUGCGGUCCGUGGCGUUUCCAUGCAUUUCUACAGGGAUUUAUGGUUUCCCCAACGAGCCGGCGGCCAGGAUCGCGUUGGAGACGACCAGAAACUGGCUCGAGAAAUACCACAGCAAGGUGGACAGAAUCAUCUUCUGCCUCUUCCUGCCGAUCGACGUGGAGCUCUACGACACCCUCAUGCCCGUCUAUUUCCCGCGUGCUCCCAAAGAGAGUUCAGAAGGUGUGGCAGAUGGUCCUGCGGUCGCUGGCACUGAAAAUGAAAGUGACGAUAAAGACAGAGACCCUGAGGUUGCAGAUAAAGACGAGUUGAAGGACGAGGACAUGCCCAGCCAGGACCAGGACAGCGCCCCCAACAAGACGAGCGCACCAAAAUACGUUUCGAAGAUUUAAACGAUUAAUCAAGGAAAGAGGGACGUUUUCCACGGCUACAGCAAAGCAAAUGUGAUAGGCAGACUGUGCACAAUUAUAAUCCAGCACAGGUAACAUGGGUCACAUGCUCACUCGUCUAAGCAGUGAACAUACGUACAUAGGCUUGGGAUAUGUAUAUUGGUUGCACUGUUAUGAAUUAAAGUAAAUUCAAGCCUGACUAUGUUGUUUACCCUAAAGUAAAACAAAAAAUAGGAAUUUUCCACAACAUUUGGUUUCUCUUUUUCAAUCACUUCCAGUUUUUCUUUGGCAACGUUCCAUUGUGCUCUUAGUUUCCCGGCUACAUUCCUGAUGUUCGCAAAAUCUCGCACGGUACAUUCAGCUGACAAGUUUGGCGGGUUUGCCGUGACCAGCGACGUUGGGUAGAGAUCGUAAAUGCAACCUUUGGCGGGUUCGCUCUGUCGAAGAUGUGAAAUCUGUUCCCUGGACGUUUACCGGUCUGAUGUGACACCAAGACCCGUUUUGUGACAUUUAUUCGGCGAUGGAAAAAUAUUGAGGACCUUGAUGGACUUGGGUUUAAAACUUAAAUUAAAGAGAAAAAAUUCUGGUUCCAGUUCCGUAAACUUGGUUGUUGUUCCAAGUUUAGUUUUGCGUAACUUGAAUAAUAACCGCUGCCAGCUAUUCUAUAUUUUAUUUCAGAUUAGGUUAAUAUGCCGGUAAAAAAAAAGGAAUAAAACGCGUGCAAUUAGUUAUUUUAACGGAUUGAAUGAUGACAAAAAUAAACGAUGUUUUAAAUGAUGAGUAUGACCGAUGCAAAGUGACUGGCGGGCAAACCCACACAGACUUGAAUCACAGGACAAAGUGGAAACCACUUCAAAGUGCAAACAUGUUACGUUCAUGUUAAUUUAACUGCUUGUAAAAUGGCAAAUUUGUACCAGGCAAUGAACGGGCUUGGACAAAUAGUACCGUUAGAAUGGAUUAACGUUUGAUUCAUCUGCUCCAAAUAUUCACAUCGAGUUUUACACGUACAAUUAGAUUCGUGAGCCUGAAAAAAUAACAUUUCCAUCUGCUUGUACGUGUACAACUCGUGCUCGUGACAUGCGCUUCCCCACUGUUGCGUCUGUUUGCAACACAAAGGCAAAUCAACUCUCCCGGUGGCGACUCGAAACAAAUGGGUCGCAUCGUGCGGAGGUGAAUAGCCACAGUGGCGUUGUUGACGGAUCAAAAAAAAGAAAAGGGUGGUGGUUUGAUAUUGUCUGAAACGACCUCGAGAUUGUGGGAAGCCCCCUUUGAUAAUGCCUCUCACUUUACAUUCGUGGCGACAUAAUCUUUCCGGAAAGCGAGUCCGUGCAUACCAGCGGUCGGCAGCUUUUCUUCUGGAACUGAAAUUGGAGCGAAUUAACCCUUUUCCAUUCCGAUGACGUACGUGUACGUCAUCAGUUUCUCUUCUGAGUCCGUUCUGAUGAAGAGCUUUAUCGGUACCGAGGCUCCCACAAGGCCAUGCGGGAGGGCGUGUGGCACAGUUUGGCGCCAGCUACCGUGCGGUAUCGCUACAGUUCUUUGCGGCGAGUGCAGCAUCUUUAAAAAAACAACAGCGUCACCGCCUCAAUUAAAUUAACGCUGAACCGUUUUUGCGCAUUCCGAAAUUCAUCGGUGAACGGGGGACCCACGCUGCAACUUGCAGUCAUCUCCAAAUUGGAAAGGGUUGAUGGGCAAUUGAUCGUUGCCUUGCCACCAAGCGUACAUUUCUGCCCCUCAAUGGAAAAAAAACAAAUGAGCGAAGUAAAUUGUUUGCGCAUUCCAAAAUGCCAUUCACACGAACGUACUGCGCGGUGUUCUCCACAUGUUAACGUGUGAAUGUGCUUGGCAAGCAUCUUGGAUACCGUCAACCAAAUUGAAUUGCGGGACUCUGAUGGGUUUGGGGGGCUGCUCUCUGGAGCGAUCGGCGUGCCCAGCGCAGCGCAGCGGGAAUGAGGAAUCGCUGCACAACGAGUCGCGGAGAGAAACCGCGCUCGCAGCUGCUCGUCCCGUCCAAUGAAAUGGGCGGCGGGCGGUGCAAUUCGUGGAGAGGCGGGCAGAAGACUCGCACGUGAACACGCGCUCACAUCUUGUGAAGCUGCAGAGGGGGGCUUGCCCUUGGAAAUUUCGCUCAAUUGCCAAUAAGCCGUACCCUGCGGAACGCAUUUAUUUAAACGCGGUCAUCAUAGGACAUGAACUACGCACACCCAAAGCUGGAUAAAAGGGGGGGUGGUGGCAUUUAAUCGUUGGAGAAAUUCUUACAAACACGGGGGCAGCCAUGCUGAGUACAUGAAUUCAAACGUUUAAUGUUUUCACGAAACCUAUUAUUUUUUUCUGUGUCGCUCCAAAGCGCGUAAGUCGCACAUUACUGAUCCAUUCAUCCAUCCAUCCACACGUGUCUGUGCCUAUUCCAAAAGUGUAACCUCUUUAUAUUUUGUGUAAAGUAAUUCCAGGCCCUUCGGGAGCUUAUGGAAUCGUGUUUUGCUUUGACAAGUCGCGUGAUCUUUGAUGAGAACCACGAACAAGCAGAUGCGUCGUGUCAAAGAUAUACGGAGGCUGCCUUAAAAAAACAACAACAAAAACCCAUCGUCAACUCGAAUUUGCGAGCGGCCGUUCGCUUGCGAUGAGCACUGAACAUUUGACCCGGAGUUGUGCACAAGCGAAGGGCCGUGCGCUCAGUGCGUGGCGAGGCGGCGGAGUCUGUCGUUUGGCGUGGUUUUAAUCAUCCGUUCAGUGGAAGGCAUCGCUCUGCUCAUUCGGCAGAAUAUUUAUUUAUGGUUUAUUUCGAUUGCAUUGCUUUUUGGCUUCUCUUAGGUUUUAAUUUUCUUGAUUUUUUUUGUGGUUUGGUGUUUUUCUAACGACGAGACGGACGAUAGUGCCAAACUUCCUGCCCGUGUGGGGGGGGCGUGCGUUUCAAACGGUGCGGACAACUCAAUAGGUGACUUGCAAGCACGCGGACUCGAUUUGUUUCAAUAUCGCAUCCUGUUGAGAUGUAGCCUGAUAGCUAAUAUUUAAUGGUGGGGCACCAGUCGACUUUAUCAGAUGUAAUAUAUAUACAUAAUUACAUACAAAUACCAAUUAUGUAGACUAUAUUUAAAUCUUACCCCCUGCAUCCCAGCGCUGAAACACUACACGAGCAUCAAAAACACUAAAGUGCUUAUCAAUUUUAAAACAAAGUAAAGUGAAGCAAUGAAACAUUAAACGAAUAUUAAACGUGGAUGAAAAAAAGGCAAUUUACUCCUAGGAUAAAAAGUAGUUGUGAUACGGCGCUCAUCUGCGAAAAGCUUGCCGCUGUUCUUUGUUCUCACCCCGUGCGCGUUUUUGAAGCCGGCGUUAGAAGGUUAAAAAAAAACAGCAACGACGAAAGCGACUUGGAAAAAGUUUGCUCGGAGAUUCGGUCGCGCGGCAAACGGCGCGAGCGAGCUUCAUCGGCGGGGGGGGGGGGGGCCUACGUGGAUGACGACGUCGACGACGCUGCGGCGUUCGCGUCGUUUGCCGCGCCUACCUCAUCGGCUUCUUCCGCGCGUUUCAUCGCAGCGAGCGGCGGGCGGCGACGCAAACGUCUCCGCACCCCGGAGCCCUUGAAGGCCCAGGGCGACGAGAGAGAGAGAGCGAGGCGCUCGCUUCAUUUUAAUUUCACAUUUCUCGAGUUAGGAUUUAUCCGGCGAUUCGUGGUGGCGGUGAGGGCGCGGGGUUUGUUUGGUUCACAUUAAGACUUUAAAUGUCGUUGGGAGUUUCUUGUUGUUUCUUGCGGAAAUAAGUUUUGUUAAAACCUGACCUGGCUAAAUGUAGAAACUAAAAUGUUAUCAAAUUAUUUGGGGGAGGGGGGGGGGGUAUCGGGUUAACCCUUGCUUGACAGUGAGCGGACGAACACAGCUUCGCUUGUGAGCAUCACUCCUGGAAGGCUGUUAAUUUUGGGGGGAGGGGGGGUGUAAAAUAAACUUCCAAUAAAUAAACUUAUACGCAAAAGCAUUUCUUCCAACGGGGCUCAGUGCAACCUGGGUUUGUGUGAUGAGGUCCGUGCACCCCGUGUUUGUUCAUCAGUCUUAUCUUGAGCCGAGGGCUUUAGGUAUCCACAAUAACUAAAAAAAAAUUCCUGCAGAUAAAUGCUCUAUAUUUGUUCGUGCUGUUUAAGUUAAACGUUUUACCCAGCGGUCCGUAAAAAAAUAAUUUAGUUUUGUUUUUGUUUUGUUCGGUUGUAAGCCUUAAUCAUCGUGGUUUAGCGUGCAUUGGUAAAGAAAAAACACAAAUCGAAAGAGCGAUCAAAACAGUUGCCCUCUGCAGUCAUUGUGGAUUUAUGUUCUGUGACUUGUUGUUUUGCUGUGAUUGCAUUCGUUCGAAUACUGCGGGCUUGGUUUGGGUCUCAGUUUCUGUCUCCGUGCGCCUUUGGUCAUUCGUUAUUGUCUGCGAUUUGUGUUUGUACUCGUGUAGUUUUCAUCACGAGAAGCGCUGUCUCUGUACUACAAUCCUCACGCUUUCAAAUUAACAGAACAAACCGCGUCUCACUGUGUUAGACCAUUGAUGCACUGCCUCGUUUAGGUUCUAGCUCUUGUUGUUGUUCUUCUUUAAGACUUCUCUGGCAAUCCGUUGGUGGUAGGUUUUGUUCUCCUUAGCCCAAUGGUGCCUCGUUUGAACGUGUAAAAUAAAGACUGAGCCGUGUUUAAAAAAAAAAAAGUCGAUGCGAAACAAAGUUAGCGAGAAAAAAAACCGUGCGGGCUCAACAACCCCCAUCUCGUAACGUAUCGCUUAGAAAAUUACUUUGACAUGUAAUUAGUCGGAGGGGGGGGGGGGGCCCCCUCCUACCUUACCUUCAUUUAAAAGUGAAACCUAGUCAUCCGAGCAGUGUUCUCCUAACCAGUGCGGUUUCAACGAGAGGGAGACGCGCGUCCUGCGAUGCGGUUGAUUGUGAGCGUGUGGGUGUUGUCUGGGGCGCACCGAACCGAUGGCACCGUGGGGUCGCGGCGCGAUUCUUCGUUCAUGACCCGGUGGCUUUGAGAUGCCGUUUCGGGAGCAGGGGUGGUGGGACAGUGUGCCAGGUGUCGUAACUACUUUUGUGAAUACAUGGGGGGGGGGGGGGGGGGUGGUUGUUGUUGUUGUGAAGUCACCAGGAGCUGUGGCCUGCCUUUGGUCAGUGGCAUUUCAGGGAUUGAAUCGUGAUUAAAAACUAAAAGUUGAGAAAAAAAAUCACGACGGCAUCCGUGGUGUGGUCUGAUGUGGCGUGUACUUCAACGAUACUCAAACAACCUCGAGAGAGAGAGAGAGUAUAGAGAGAUAACAUGGAAAUGCGGUGAAUCAUUUACGUAAAAUUUAUAUUUCAACCAACGUCAAAUUAAAGCAAAAAAAUGCAUUAGAAUUUUCGUAAACGCACACCUUUUCAAGAUUUCAAAUGACGAAUUCAAAUGCACCUCGCUGUUGAAGCACUUCAUCCUCUCGUUACGUAUGGGACAUUAACGAACAUCUGAAAUGGCCCGUUGCGUGAUUUGGCCCGCCGACGCCAUGACGAUUCCCCGCCGUGCCCCAAGGCCACGGCCUGGACCCUGGAUGAUCCUCGGGUGAAGUUUUAAAUCUGCCAAGUGGCUCCUUGUUGUCGCAGCCUGUCCCGCGGAGUGUUUUCACUUGGGGGAGAGACUAACUUGAGCACUUGGAUUGUCAGGAGUAGUCCCGUCUGCAAGCGGCGGGAUGAGGGCAUUCGCGGCGGGAUGAGGGCAUUCGCGGCUGGCCAACACGAACCCUGCUUGUUCUCGGGACGGCGUGAACCGCGGUCGCACGCAAAUGCGCAUCGUGAUGGUCACACCCGGGUGUGCCUGCCCCCUCCCCUCCUCCCCCCGAUCUGUCAGGGGUGGCUGUUUUUGUACCUCCGGUACCCUAAUGGCGCUAAUCGCGUCGGGUGUAAGCAUCGUAUAUACCACGCUGUCUGGGUGUUUUUUUCUCGGUAAAAACAAGGCGAAGUGAUACAGCCGGGGAAGACGUGUUUGUUAAGCGCAGUGUUUCGAGUGUGCCAGUGCACACGUUAAGCAAUACGCAAGGAAACACAAAGUAACGCGUUUUAAUUAAACGAACAAGCAGGCUUUGUAGUGGUAUAUGAUGUAAUCCUUUAUAGGAUAUAUCAGACGCGUUACUCAUCUCGAGUCUGGUUAGGUAAUGACCCGAAUCCGACCAGGUGCCACGGCGAUUAGAGAGUGCGGCUCCCAAUUAGAAGGUGGCAGCUUUGCAUUCCGGUUGGGGGGCCGACUGCUCUCCCCCCCCCCCCCCCCCCCGCUAUUCCUCCGGGUUCCAUAAAAAUGCUUGCCACCUUGUGGAAAGUCAUCGGCAUGUUGUCCGCCGCACAAAACCCACGAUUGCCAUAGGAAUGUGGAAUUUCCACAGUCUCAAGCACCACCGCACCAUUACGUCCGUUUGGUGAAAAGCCCCCACGUCGAUGGCAGGUGCCUGAAAUGUCACGCGCGUUUAUUAAAUUCGGAGCGGAUUAUUUGAAGGUAAAAAAAAGCAAGUGCUAAAGUAAGUACCCUUGGCCCAAGUGACACACUCCUGGAUGCCAGUGAAUUGUAAAGCAAUCUUCCGUCGACUCAACUCCCCCACCUCCCAGCCUCUGAUUAUAUUUUAAUAUUCUUGGUGUGAAACGUUAUUACCGUCGUGCUCUUCAAUUGACCGCAAUAACUGGCCACAGUUAACUUUUUAACGGAUCCACCUUUAUCCAGUUGGAGGAGUCGAGACGUGGUGACUUGUUUAUCCCCUAAGCCCUGGAAACGCACCCAGACCACUCGUCUUGAGCUCUCCUUUGAAAUGUCAUUCCAAGAGACCGGUUUUCAGGCCACUUUUUAAACAGAUUCCAAUUGUGUUCGGCUCUUGGCUUUGUUUGAAGGCGGCUGGUGAUUAAGCCAAAAAAUAAAAGUUCGAGAAUUCAGUUCGCACGGGUUGUCUUGUUAAAAAAAAAUGCACCUGGCCUCUAAAGUGGACUUAACAAAACAAACUCUGUCCAGCCGCAGUGGCUAAUUCAACAGGCAGCAAGAUGCAUGCAGACCAGAAACAAUAUAAACAAAAAAGAUGUGUUAAACGACAAAGUAUAGCGACAAUCCCAGCAGCUACUGCACGUCAAGAUGACUUAACAAUUGGUGCACGUCACGAUGCACGUAGAGCCACGUGUGAUGGCUACAGUGUGCUCUCACGAGUCGUGCUGGGGAUGACGCCCGUGCACAUUUUGCCUCGCUGUGUUUUCCCACCGCUUCCGAAAUUAACGAGAAGGGAAAGAAAAAAACGCCGAAACCUCGGGCUCGUUUAAAGAGCUCUCGUGGCCAUCACAAAGUUAUGAUCGUAGUCCUCUUGACACACAGUAUGCUCGGCGUUUCACAUUACAUUUUUGCAGCUCGUGACACCUUUUGCAUAUGUAUUCUUAUCGAACUGGCGUCGAGAAAAGGUGGCUUUGUCAGAGUUCUUAUUGCUAUUAUUGAUCUGAAAUGUUCAAAUGUGGAUAUUUGUCGCAGCCGUUGCUGCACGCAAAGUCGCCGCGCGGGUCUUCGAAUAUUCACACCUGAAACACGCACUGUUUCUGUUCUUUUGGGAUGGUGUAAAACAAACAAGUUUCCUCGUCGUGUCCAUGCCGCAAAUCCUAAAUUUUGGUCUCCUGGAGGCGAUGUUUCAAGUCCGAGAGGGAGGUGGGGGGGGGGCUCUGGUGUUGCUCCUCUGUCACGACCGAAGUUAUCCGCAGCGAACUGUUGGCAACCCUCCCACCAGUGACGCUAAAUAUUGCUCGCGAGCUCGACUUUCCGCACGCGUGAGCUUCGGACUUGCUUUGCAUGCAUGUGGCUUAUUUACGACCUUGUUUGGUGAUUGUUAUAAAAAAAAUAAAUGUUGGGAGAUGGA